AUGAGCACACAAAGCGCAACUGUUGAAGUCCCGUACGACAUCUGGAGGCAGCCCGAUGCUUUCAAAGCCCUGUCGCCUACAGCCGCCAUCACGCAACUCAUCGGCCUCAACGAUGGCGUCCACAAGCGCAACCAACUCAUAAUAGUAACCCUCUACGAGAGAACAGAUCGUCUCGAAGACGUGGGAUGCGCGAAAGCUGAGCUGGAUACAAUGAUCUGA